AUGUCAUUGGACAGACUUACAGACCUCUAUAACCUUUCUCGCACAUGUCGCGUCCUCGAGGAUGUGACAAUGCGCCGCCUUUAUCACAAGGUGGACGUUGCAAUACCUUUCAGACCUACGAGAACGGCUGGAUCGCCUACCCUACGAGCGCCCGUGAUUGAGUCGAUGCGAAACCUUACGCUGAGGAAUGGCGUGGUGGAUCGGAAAAGAAGCAAUUCAUAUACACGAAGGAGAAAGUCAAAUGCUGGCACUACCAACGGCUUCGUGCAUGAUAUCUUGGAUCAGGUGCCGACGAAUCAACUGACCAACUUUGCUUAUCUCCAUCCAAUACCAAUGAUGACACAGAAUUUCGAAACAUUGAUUCGGAAACACAACUCCACGCUGCAGCAUUUGUCCUUCUAUGAGUUAGACUCGGUACCACAGAACGAUGCCUAUCCUACGGGUUUAAAAACCCUACAAUCUCACACCGUGAAUGAUGGAGAAGCCAUUGUCAAGAUUCUUUCUAAGAAUAAGGCUACACUCGAAUCACUCAGAUUGGGACAAGAGCGAUAUAUGAUUGAUGGGUACCAUUGCAAUAGACUUGGAUUCCUCAAUCAUCUGCCUCAGCCGGACGAGAGCUUCUACGCAUCCGCUUACUCGUUGGUCAAUUUUCCUCGAUUGCGAGAAUUGAGCCUGCACGGCUUAUCUUUGGAUACGCUUCGACCAAGCUCGAUACCACAAGCUUUGUUCUUCUGCAAGAUUGAAAGGCUUACUCUAGAAUCAUGCACUGGGAGCGCUGAGCUACUCGAGUCACUCGCAGAGACGUUUCAUUGGGCAUCAUCAGCUGUAGAUGCACCACGGUCUCCAUCGGUGAAUCCAUCGUUGAAACACUUCUCAUUCCGCCACGAGAUGCCUACCACUGCACUCAAGGACUCGAUGGUCCGAUUUCUAGCCUCAUUUAUCGGUCUCGAAACCCUAUCUUUACUAUUCGAAAAUGCAACCUUCCUUGAACGCCCAUCGACGCUCAUUGCUGAACAUGGGCCGACGAUCCGUAAUUUAGUGCUGGAGUCCCGGAUUCAGCCACGGGAACAUCUAAGUCACGAUACCUCGCGUCCUUUCGGUGUGGGAGGUUACAGUCAAGAUCUCUGGGAAGAGUCAAUAAACGACAUCGCCCGCUUGUGUCCAAACAUUGUCGAACUGGGAAUAGGUUUCCCAUGGGACAAUGAGAUGAUCCGGCUCCGGAAAACGCUCCUUCCCACUCUCCAGCACUUGAGGACCAUUCAUAUCCGCAACUUUCCCGAGAGCCAGGUGUUCAGUCAACUGGGUGACUAUACCAUCAAAGAAUAUGCGACUAAGUUCGUCGAGUGGGUAUUCCCAGCACUUUUAGGAGGCAAUCGUCCUGCUCUGGAGCAUUUUGCAAUGGGUCCUACUUUAUACGAGAGCCGCUGGAAAAUGGCGCCAAGCAUACCUGCGACUGGUGGAGGGCCACCACCACAGCAUCGCCUGCUUCCCGAGUUUUUACACACGCACCAUUUCGCCUUAGAUUGGGCCAAAACGAGGUUCGGACGCUGGAGCCCUCUGAUCACACCGGUCAGCGAGAAGUGUAUGGAGGAGAUGUGCGAGAAAAGGCCUUUGGGUGGGGUUUUUGAGCAAGUGUGGUUGAAAUGA